AUGGCUGCUACAAAGCAUCUUCUCGCCGACAGCGAGGAGGUCGCCGUCGAUCGACCCUCCAAGAAGAACAAGGUCACCGACCUUGAUGAGAAGGCUCGUUUGAAGAAGGAGAAGAAGGAGCGCAAGGAAAAGAAGAAGGACAAGAAGAGCAAGACUGAGGAGGAGACCGAGACCCCUGCUGAGAAGGGUGACGAUUCUGAGGCCGAGCGCGCUGCUGAGAAGGAGCGCAAGAAGGCCAAGAAGGAAAAGAAGAAGGAGAAGAAGCUAAAGGCUGCUGAGGCCGAGGUGCCUGCUCAGGUCGCUGAGGUCGCCGAAGAGACCCCCAAGGAGAAGAAGUCUAAGAAGUCUAAGAAGGCCAAGGCUACCUCCGAGUCUGCUUCCACCGAGGCUCUCUCUAACGGCACUUACGCCCAGACCAUCAGCCUCUCUAAUGUUCCUCAAGCCGAGAUUGACGCCUUCCUCGCCAAGGAGCAGAUUACCGUCACCGACCCCAAGACCGAGACCGUCACUCUACGCCCCGUCCUGGAGUUCCACCAACUUCCCGCUACAAACCUCCUCGAGAAGAAGCCUUCACCCUUUGCCAACUACAAGGCGCCCACGCCUAUUCAGUCCGCCUCAUGGCCAUUCACCUUGUCAGGUCGUGAUGUGAUCGGUGUCGCUGAGACAGGAUCCGGAAAGACCAUGGCUUUCGCCCUCCCCUGUGUUGAGGCUGUUUCUGCUCUCAAGCACAGGAACACCAAGGCUGUCGUUGUCUCACCUACACGAGAACUUGCCAUGCAAACCUACGAGCAGAUGGCUUCCGUCGCUGCGCUGAACAAGCUCAAGUGCGUGUGCCUCUACGGUGGCGCUUCCAAGGACGAUCAGCGAAACCAGCUUCGCCGCGGCGCCGACAUCAUUGUCGCGACUCCCGGUCGUCUUAAGGACUUCAUGUCCGACAACACUGUCGACCUCAGCCAAGCAGCUUUUGUUGUCCUGGAUGAGGCUGAUCGCAUGCUUGACAAGGGUUUCGAGGAGGAUAUCAAACAAAUUCUGGGCUCUUGCCCUCCCCGUGAACAGCGCCAGACACUCAUGUUCACAGCUACAUGGCCCCCGUCCGUGCAGUCUAUUGCAUCCACCUUCAUGGUCAGCCCUGUCAAGAUCACCAUCGGAUCCGGCGGCAAGGAGACGGCAAAUGGCGCAUUUGAGCUCCAGGCUAACCAAAGAAUCUCGCAAAGAGUUGAGGUUGUUGAGCCUAGAGACAAGGAGUUCCGCCUGCUGCAACUUCUUAAGGAGCAUCAAGGAAAGGGCAAGCAGCAGAACGACCGUAUCCUGGUAUUUUGCCUGUACAAGAAGGAGGCUACUCGCAUAGAGAACUUCCUCCACCGCAAGGGCAUUAAUGUUGGUGGUAUUCACGGUGAUCUGCGACAGGAGCAGCGAACAAGGAGUCUUGAGGCUUUCAAGUCUGGAGCCACCCCUGUUCUUGUUGCUACUGAUGUCGCGGCCCGUGGUCUGGAUAUCCCCGAGGUCAAGCUUGUCAUCAACGUCACAUUCCCCUUGACCAUCGAAGAUUACGUCCACCGUAUCGGACGAACUGGCCGAGCCGGCAAGACCGGCGAGGCCAUCACCUUCUUCACCGUUGAGGACAAGUCGCACUCUGGCUCUCUCGUCAACAUUCUCAGGGGUGCCAACCAGCCCGUGCCCGAAGACCUUCUCAAGUUCGGAACCACCGUCAAGAAGAAGGCUCACGACAUGUACGGCGCUUUCUUCAAAGAUGUCGACAUGAAUGCGAAGUCGACCAAGAUCACUUUUGAUUAG